GUAUUCCAAGUGAUAGUGACGAUACGUUUGUGUGGUUUGCGAAUACAAGCUCAGACGAGUUUGCUUGUGUUGAGAUAAACGCAAAUAUGCCAAACCAAGGCAAUGGAGGAUCCGCGACUUCGCUCGAGUACAACGGUAGCUCGACGAGCGAUCGGAAGCAAUUUCUCGUGAACAAUGAGUUCAUGUCCGAUGUGGUGUUCCUCGUAGGCGAGAAGAAGGAACGAAUCCAUGCCCACAAACUUUUUCUGAUUGCGAGUUCGGAGUACUUUUACGCCAUGUUCAAUGGAAACUUCAAGGAAUCCAGCGAGAGUGAGAUCGUGCUGGAGGACAUUGAGCCAAAGAUUUUCCUGGAGAUUUUACGAUUCGUGUAUUGCGGCAAGAUCGACCUAAACUUCCAGAACAUCCACGAGAUUUACAUCCAUUCGAGGAAGUACAUGUUGAUGGAGCUGCUGUCCAUGGCAUCGAACUUCUUGGAGAAGAGUAUUGAACCGGAGAAUGUGCUGAAAAUCUUCACGCAAAACCGGUUCUACGGAUUUCAGUUUGUCGACGAAAAGUGCUUGACAUUGAUCAGAACGAAUCCCUUGUUCUAUUUCAAUCACGAGGACUUUUCGUUGAUCGAUCGCGAAUCGCUGUGUUUGAUUUUUAGCUCAAAGAAAAUCAACUGCACGGACGACCAACUCAUGGGGGCGUUGGACAUCUGGGAAAAAGGUCACGAAACGGAGAAAGUGGAUGAGUUGAAAGCGAUCAUCAAGAAUUCCAAACGAUCGUACGAUUGCUACAAGCUACGGCUCUUUGGUCCAUCUUCGGGAUCCGAGCCGAACGAUUUCGGUUUCUCGAUCGUUUCCGAGACGAACGUCAACUUGUACGGCAUCGGGGUGUAUCUCAAGUCCACGGCAAAAGUGAUCACGAUCGAAAUGAAAAUCUUCCAGAAUGACCUCGAGAUCGGGAGCGAUCUGUUCGAAUACGAGAAUGACAACUUUGUGACCGUGGACGUGGCGAAUCUUUUCUUCGAGGAAAUCGUUCUCAAGCCACAUCACCGGUAUAAGAUCGCUCUGAACAUAACGCCAACGGUGGAGCCAUUCACCAUUCAAAACCCGAAGGUUCAUCACGAUCGGAUCAAAAUGUCGAUCGCUAAUGUCAUCUACGGACGCUGUGAUAGUUCGUACUGUGCAAUCGCCCACAUGCACUGUAGGGAACAAAAACUCUCGGGCAAAGCCAUCGGGUGAAUCGACGAGGAUCGUCGGCGUGAGUUAGUUAAUGGUUAUGUAGGCUCCUAAUUGUGCUAGAUGAAAUUAUUUUCGUUGAAAACGAUUUUAGGCUAUGUAGGCGUGUACUUAGCAGCGUUCAAAUAAAUCAAGAUUGGCAAACCCUCA